AUGGAUUCGCACUGGUUUUCAACACUUUUUGACGGGGAUUAUGAUGACAUAAUGAAUAACGUUGCCGAUUACGUUAAUUAUGGUAAUUCUUCUGUAAAUGAUGGAGAUUGCAGUGAUAAUAACAGUUCUGAUACUGACGACGACGACGACGAUGAUUCAAAUGAAGAAGCUUUAGGUGCUUCCAACAGGGAAGUUCAGGAGAGAUUCCAGCAUUCAGGAGAAACAAUUAGCAGGUACUUUAAUGAAGUUCUUAGAUCAGUUUGUUCGCUCGCUACAGAUUUAAUUCAACCUGCAGAUCCUGAGUUCGUAAACACACCGAGGGAAAUUGUGAACAAUCCGAGGUAUAUGCCACAUUUCAAGAAUUGUGUAGGAGCUAUCGACGGUACACAUGUGCAUGCAUGUGUUUCUUUUGAAAAUCAAAUUCCAUUUAUCGGCCGAAAAGGUGUGCCGACCCAGAAUGUUAUGGUUGCAUAUAGCUUUGACAUGCAAUUCACAUUUGUUUGGGCGGGUUGGGAAGGUAGUGCACAUGAUACACGAAUUUUUCUCGAGGCAAUUGACAAUCCACGUAUAAAAUUUCCUAAGCCACCAGAAGGGAAAUACUACUUGGUUGAUUCAGGAUAUCCUAAUAAAUAUGGAUUUUUAGGUCCAUAUAGAGGUCACAGAUAUCAUUUGCAAGAAUUUAGGAGGCGAGGACAACCACAAACUCGUGAAGAAAUUUUCAACCGUAUGCACUCUUCAAUACGUUGUGUGAUAGAACGAACAUUUAGAGUUUGGAAAAAAAGAUGGCGAAUCCUACAGAAUAUGCCAUCCUUUAAUUACAAGACACAAGUUAGAAUUGUUGUCGCAUCCAUGGCAAUUCAUAAUUACAUUAGAAGAACUUCAAUGCAAGAUGUGGCAUUUAUGGAGUUCGAUCGCCAUCCUGAUUUUGUGCCCGAUGAUUUUCUAACUGAUGUGGCUCCACACUCACAAAGCCAAGGACACCAAAGGCCUUCGCGAAUGGAUUACGUACGUGAUGGGAUUGCUGCAAGUUUAAUGACAGAAUUAUAA